AUGAUACACCCGUUGAUCAAUUUGAAACCAGAAGAGCAUGAACUUAAUGAACCAGCCUGGGAACUAGAAAAUUCGGAAACAAUGACUAGGCUAAUAGAUACUGUUUAUUGUCUGAAGCCAUUUUUUGAAAUGAAUGACUGUCUUGAGUUUAUUCGCGGAAAUGCUAGCAAGAAGAUAUUUUUCAUAUCGUCGGGCACACUGGGUAAGGAGAUCGUACCACAAAUUGCUGAAUGGUCACAAGUACAUGGCAUUUAUAUAUUUUGUGGUAACAUUCUGUACCAUAAAGACUGGGCGAUCAACUAUUGCGACCAUAUAACGUCCAUAUUAGAACAUCAAGAUGAUUUACUCCUGCGAUUAACAAGAGAUAUUGCUGAGUAUUUGGAGAAAAAGGGCGAUCACUACUCGGCAUUGGGUGAAACUGUUAAAGUAAAACAUUGUUACGCUUGGGCAAUUAAAUUACUGUUACGCACACGCGAUAUGGGUGGUAGAAAUUAUCAAGAUAUGCACGAUAGGCUAAUGCGAAAAUUCGCCAAGGCGGAAAUCAGUCGUGAAGAAUCGGAAAACAAUGUAAUUCAGAGAAUUAAAUAA